AUGGAGGGUUCGGCGACAGGGGGAGAUCACGGAGGCAAUCCUCGCGCCGAGCAUGCCGCAACCAAGGAGUCCGAGGAGGCGGCAACGCAACACCAUCUGACGCUGCUCCAGCCGAGCGUGGUCGAAGUUUCUGCAGCCGUGCUGGAUAAGGACAAGGUGGCACAGCACGAGUCGGUGGGGCUGGUCGGUGGCUCUCCUCCUUCUGGUGGACGGGGAAGGCGUAGGCAAAGGAAGAGCGAUGGGGAGGAGGAUGAUGACACCGCCGUGCCCGGGGACCUCACCACGCGGGCGAAGAGGCGGCAGACGACAGGUAGUGCUGACAACGCCGGAGGCGCGGAAGUUGACACACCGCGAGGCGCCAAGGAAGCUAGUGGCAAGGCGGGCGGUCAAGCAUUGCGCCAGAAGGGCCGCCCCGCAGCAAGAAAAGCAUCUGGCGGAAGGAGAGGCAAGAAAGCAGCGACACGAACGAGGCCGAAACGGGGCGAUGAAGACCCCGGUGAUGCGGAGGAGGAGGAGGAUGAGGAGGAGGAUGCGGAGGGAGAGGAGGAUGAAGAGGAAGCGGAGGAGGAAGACGCGGAUGUUGGGGAGGAUGCUAAAGAUGAGAAUGAUGGCGGGGAGGACGAAGAGGAGGAGGAGGAGGAGGAGGAGGAGGAGGAGGAGGAGGAGGAGGAGGAGGAGGAGGAGGAGGAGGAGGAGGAGGAGGAGGAGGAGGAGGAGGAGGAGGAGGGGGAUGAGGAGGAGGAGCAGGGUGAUGAGGAGGAGGAGGAGGAGGAGGAGGAGGAGGAGGAGGAGGAGGAGGAGGAGGAGGAGGAGGAGGAGGAGGAGGAGGAGGAGGAGGAUGCAUCAGAGAAGGAGGAUGCAAGUGCGUGUGACAUGGCAAAAGACGUGGCGGAUGAAGGAGGGUGUGACGUGGCACGUGGGGCUGGUUGGUGGACGUGGCGGAUGCAGGAGGGUGUGACGUGGCGGAAGGUGAGGGUUGGGGAUGACGUGGCGGAUGCAGGUGGGUGUGACGUGGGGGAAGGUGAGGGUUGGGGAUGA